AUGCUUUUUGCUGUGCUUUUGUGUCUCACAUACUCAGUUCAUUUUUCAAUUCAAAGUCCAAUAUUGAGUCCCUCCAGUACACCGCAGCAUGAGAAUGAGAAUAAAAUCAGCUCAACUAAUAGUGAUGAUUGGAGUACAGCUGCCAGUACACAUGUUGUUGGUAUAUUACCAAUGCUUACCACUCAAUCCAUCUCACUUGUCAUCACUACCCCAGAAACAGAAACGGUCAACUUUACAGUCAGUAACCUCACCCAAACAAUAGCUAAUGGUUCAGUUACUGCUGGUUUACUAGUUACAACUGGAACAAAUAAGAAAAUAUCAGUAACUGUAGCAAUGAGUCAUUUUGGUGAUUAUUCUGCAGGAAUGUAUGUCAACUAUCCAGCUUUGUUUUACCCAGUCAAUAGUUAUGUGUAUUAUGCUGUGUCUAUUGGUACAGAUGAAUCAACCUCAUUCUCAUCUCUUCUAAUAGUCUCUGGUAAUAAUAAUACCAAUAUAACAAUCACACCAACAGUGACUGUUACUAUACCAUCUAGUCUCACCUCAUCAGGUAAUCAGAUCAGUCUUAAUGCUGGACAAUCAAUAACAAUACAAUUACAAUACCUGGAGACACUAUUACUCAAACCAGUUACAGCAAGGGCUGAUUUAACUGGAACAAAAGUUGAGUCAAGUAAUCCAAUAUCUGUCUAUUCUGGUCACACUUGUGGUUUCAUUCCUGUUGGUCAAUUUGCUCGUGAUUUUGUUGGUGAACAAAUACCACCAGUAGCCUCAUGGGGUAAUGAGUUCCUGGUUCAGUCAUUUUAUAAUCGUCAAACUGGUUAUAAUAAAACUAAUUGGAUCACAGAUUAUUCACUAUCCCUUCAAGAAGAUGAUGUACUCAGUCAAACUAUAUCUCAAACUAGUUGUUACAUUAAUUCAACUAGUUCAAUACUUAUAGCUCAGUUCUCACUUGCUCAGUUUGCUGAUUUUUCAUUCACUUCAUAUGGUGAUCCUGCUAUGACAAUCAUUCCUCCAUUACAUCAAUAUGCUUCUAAUGUAACUAGUUUUCCAAUCAUUAGUCUAUUGGGUGCUUCUACUUCUGUUAAUCUUGUUGUACUUGCUGCUGAUGAUUCAUCACAGAUACAACUCAAUGGCACAGUUCUUCCAUCCCUCACAUCCAGUUCAUGGAAGCAUUACAAUAGUUCUGUUGGUGGGUGUUAUGUAUUUAACAGUUAUAGUUUAAGUGGUACCGGUGAGGUUAGUGUUUGGUCUAACAACAGUAAUGACAAGAUACUAGCAAUGGUGUAUGGCUUACAACAGUUUAUUGGUUAUUCUUACACUGGAAACUUGGACCUGAAGCCAUCUGAAGCAUGUUUUCUACUAUGUGAAGCUAAUUAUGUACUCAAUACUGAUACUUGUACUUGCUCCAUUACAAAUAUAUGUGAACUGAGUCCUUGCCAGAAUGGAGGUAGUUGUACACUUGUUUCAACUCCUUCUAAUUAUUUCUGUGAUUGUACUGGUACUGGCUAUCAAGGAAUUACCUGCACUAAUGUGAACUAUAUUGUCCCAAAUAUUUCAGCUUUUGUGUCAUAUGUUGCUGUAUUAUAUGGCUCUAGUGUAACACUGAGAUGUGUGUUACAUCAUCCUGGGAACCCUGAGGCUACUAUCCAGUGGACAUUUGCUGGAUCAGUAAUCACUAAUAAUUCACUGUUUCACAUAACUGAGGGCUCAACCAGGCUGGAUAUUACUAAUAUUACUACCUCUUAUUCUGGAGCGUAUCAUUGUAAUGCUUCUAAUGUUGCUGGAGCUUCAGUGGCUACAAUUAAGAUUGAUGUACACAAG